AACCGGCGGCUUCACACCUGUCCACCCACACCCAACCGGCAAGCAGUGCAGGCAGGCCACAGUUGGCGGUUCGAUCGCAGUAACCAGUUAAGAAGUGUAAACUUUCAUCGGCCGACAAAAUGACUGACCUGGAGUCUUCGAAGAACGGCAAGCACCACGACCAGGUGCACCACAACAACAAUGAAAUCACGGAAAGUGAACCGCUCACCUGGCGCUUUUGGCGGAAGCAGCGCUACAUUGUGGUUCUCAUGGCCUUCUUCGGCUUCUUCAACGUCUACUCGCUCCGGGUUAAUCUUUCGGUGGCCAUUGUGGCCAUGACCGAGAACCGCACGGUUGUGGACGGCGAUGGGAAUGUGUCCUGGGAGCAGGACUUUCCCUGGGACUCGAAGCAGAAGGGCCUGAUUCUGAGCUCCUUCUUCUAUGGCUACAUUCUGACCCAAUUCCUUGGCGGCUAUAUUGGCACCAGAAUUGGUGGUAAUAUUGUAUUUGGCACUGGAAUCGGCAGCACUGCCAUCCUGACCCUGCUCACUCCCCUGGCGGCUAAACACAGCCUGGAAAUGUUCCUGGCCGUCCGCAUCAUUGAGGGCUUCUUUGAAGGCGUCACCUUCCCGGGCAUUCAUGCGGUCUGGGCCCGUUGGUCGCCGCCCUUGGAACGCUCCCGCAUGGCUUCCAUCGCAUUUGCGGGUAAUUACGCGGGCACGGUGGUGGCGAUGCCAUGCUCAGGAUUCCUGGCCACCAAGUACGGUUGGGAGAGCGUGUUCUAUGUUUUUGGCACCAUCGGAGUGAUUUGGUACAUCACCUGGCUGAUUUUCGUAAAGGCAGGACCCGAGCAGGAUCGCUUCUGCUCGAAGGAGGAGUGUGAAUACAUUCAGAAGACCAUCGGCUAUGUGGGCACCAAGCACAUCAAACAUCCCUGGAAGUCCAUUUUCACGUCCAUGGCCUUCUACGCCAUUAUGGCCUCGCACUUCUCAGAGAACUGGGGCUUCUAUACUCUGCUCACCCAGUUGCCCAGUUUUCUCAAGGAUACCCUCAACUUUGAUUUGGGAAAGACGGGCAUCCUUUCGGCAGUGCCGUACUUGGCGAUGGGCAUCCUUUUGGCCGUGUCCGGCUACUUGGCCGAUUGGCUGCAGGUGAAGGGCAUUUGGACGACCACUCAGGUGCGACGCAACUUCAACUGCGGCGCCUUCCUGGCGCAGACGGUGUUCAUGAUGCUCACGGCCUAUCUCCUGGAUCCCACCUGGUCGGUGGUGUGCUUGACCAUUGCCGUGGGCUUAGGUGCCUUUGCCUGGUCCGGAUUUGCAGUCAAUCACUUGGACAUCGCCCCCCAACACGCCAGUGUUCUGAUGGGCAUUGGUAAUACGUUUGCCACCAUCCCUGGAAUUGUGAGUCCACUUCUCACCGGCUAUGUGGUUGUGGAGCAGACGAGUCAGGAGUGGCGCAUCAUAUUCUUCAUUUCCGCGGGCAUUUACCUGGUUGGUUGUGUCAUCUACUGGUUCUACUGCUCCGGCGAACUGCAGGAGUGGGCCAAGACGCCCGAACAGAAGGCUCAGGAGGCCGAGGAGAAGGCCCAGCUGCAGUUGACACAAACCGCCGGGUUCGUCAACUCGGCAGCCGAACUGAAGAACUAAGCAUUCCUCAGUAUCCUGUGCAUUUCUAAGCACCACACCAAGAAUUUUGUGCCCAAGUAUUUGUUUCUGUUACGUUUAUGUGAUGCUAGCAAUAUGCGCACCAAUGUGUCUAUAUUUAUGUAUGUUAAUCCAUUUAGUCUGCGAAUAAACAAAGCAUUUUAUAACAAGUAAA